GGUCUGUGAUAUGGCACAACUCUGGGAACCCCCCUUAAAAAAAAGCUCCUACAUAUAACAGACUGAUCUUGAAGACACAGCGGGUUAAUUCUAAGCCCCCACCACCGCCACCCACAUUCUCCAAUUUGAAAGCCGCCUCUCUACCGGGAGAGGAAGGCUCUUUUUCGGUCAGAUGGCGUGCUGCAGUCCGCCCCCGUCAUUCUCCAGCCCACACAGACAGCAAAAAGGCAGCCAGCGACCAAUACGGUGCGCCGGAGGAGGAUUUCUGCCAGUGAUUUCAGACGAGCCACGAUACGCAAAGGGGGAUUUACUACGCCAAUCUGAGCCGGGGAAGCUUGCAGCGAUAGCCUAUAGGUACCAGGUUUGGGUCGUACAGUAUCGACCUGUGACAUCUGUUGGAGAGACACCUUUGCGUAUUACGCCUGUGUCCUCUCUGCGCAUCGACCCGGCCUGGAUAAGUGCUGUGUGCCAUGUCUCUGCCACGCACACUUGGGGAGCUGCAGCUCUAUCGGGUGCUGCAGAGGGCCAACCUACUGGCUUAUUAUGAAACCUUCAUCCAGCAGGGCGGUGACGACGUCCAGCAGCUCUGUGAGGCCGCAGAGGAGGAGUUCCUGGAGAUCAUGGCCUUAGUUGGCAUGGCCACCAAGCCACUGCAUGUGCGUAGGCUGCAGAAGGCCCUCCGAGACUGGGCGGCCAACCCUGCCCUCUUCAACCAGCCUGUCGCUAAUGUUCCCCUUGGGGGCAUCCCUCUGUUCAAAGUGGACGGAACGGGCUCAGGUGGAUCCAGGAAGUCUGUGAGCAACGGCCAGCCCGGGUCACCAUGUGAGAGGGAGGAUCGAGCAUGUCUUACCCCAAUGCACAGUGGGAGUCCCAGAAGCCCCUGCUCCCAGGCCUCCCCACAGCCACCAGACUUACACUACAGGGAAAAACUGUCACCCAUGGACCCGCACUGGCUCAGCCCAGAGCCAGAUGGAAACUGUUCAGCAUCUGGAUUUGAGGAGGAGCCGCCCAGCCCACCUAUGCUGUCAACAUGUCCUCCUGGUCCCUCCACAUCUCCCAGUCCCUCUGCUUCCCUCGCCCCCACCGCCCUGUCAGCCUGGCCCGGAGGACAGCUGGACGGGGAGACGGCGAGGGCAGUGGUGGAGAGCGUGGAUAGGCUCCUGAGGACCAUGCCAAGGUCAGAUCACACAGAGGUGAAGACACUGCUUAGGAUGAACAAGAAGUUGGCAAAGACUGUGGGGCACAUCUACAAAAUGGGGUCCCAGGACGUGAACAAGGAAGAGGAGAUCCGAAAGUACAGUCUAAUAUAUGGACGCUUCGACUCCAAGAGGAGAGAAGGCAAGCAGCUCACACAUCAUGAGUUGAUCAUCAAUGAAGCUGCAGCCCAGUUCUGUAUGCGCGACAAUGCCCUUCUGCUGAGACGAGUGGAGCUCUUUUCACUGGCACGGCAGGUGGCGAGAAAAUGUGCCUACACCUCCACUCUGAAGCAUGCAAGGACAAACGCAGAUGAGAACAGUGUGUUGCCACAGAAGAGAGCAAGACAGGAGGUAAUGGUGCCGGAGUGUGUCUCAUCACCUCUCGGAGUGGAGAGCUUGGAGGCCUUGACCCAGAGAGCAGACGAUGACAGUUUAUCUGCAGAGAGCCUCGACAGUGUAUCACAUGACAUGGGCUCACAGUGCAACCAGUCUCCUUCCCCUCGUCCCCACACCGACACGUCCAACCCCGCCAGCUGGAGUCGCCACCUCAUACAGCAGACACUAAUGGACGAGGGGCUGCGAUUGGCUCGGAUGGUGUCUCAUGAUCGGGCUGGCAAGAUCAGCCUAGGGUCAGAAGGGACUCGCUCCUCAGACCAUGACAGUAAAGUGGAGAAGCGGGGCUCAUUAACAGCGUGCAGGAGCAGUAGCCCCUGCAUCACCAGAGACAACUCCAAUCACCGAGGGAAAUGAAAAGUGCUCCGAGGUUAUCGGCGAACUCGAUGUGCUCAGGCCCAACGCUGAACUCCACUCAGACUGCUGCAGAGGCUGUUACCGAGCAGGUUUCCUCCACAUGUACUUCACUGACAUCAAAAGCAUCUGAGUGACUCUAAAGUCUUUACAGUUCAUGUCAGAAUUUACCAGCGCCUAAACUCAUCAACCUGCAGUGAGUUCUAAGUGCUGUGGAUAAGGUUAAAAAAACAUCUACUUUCAUUGAGUAAAUAUGCAGAGGGGUCAUUUUUUGUUUUCUUUUUCAAAUAUAGGACUUUAAGACCUGCAGAUUUGAUCCAAUAGUAAAAUCCACCUGUUUCUGAUGAGAUGGGCUCGACACAGCAGGGGGCACUGCAACUUUAGAAAUGGACUCUCUGAACUUAAUCCGGCUUGAGUGAAAAUGUAGUAGCAUGGAGGGAAUUUACAGUCUCAGCGCGUAAUAUGAUAACAAGACAAAGACAACAAUCUCUGCAGCUCAUCCCCCUCAGGAAACAGGCAGAUGUGCUGGUUUUUAACUGACGUCGACUUGGUAGUCAGAGAACAGUGUUCCUUCACAAUCAAAGAUAAUCUGUGUAGAGGAAGUAGGGAAACAGUGGGUGGUUGAGCCACAAAUUGAUCGAAAUUUUUCAACGCUGCUGUUAGGUUGAGAUCCCUUUUAUCCUUUAUACUGCAUCAUCUAGUCACCUGUCAGAUCAGAAGAGGCACCCUGAGAUCUAUAUAUACACACACAGUAUAUAUGAAGCCACAAGCCUCCAUUUUCUCCCUCACAUCCUUCUAUACUGGAUUUUUCCACAGACGACCAAAUCAUUUUGCACGAAACAAAGCAAUCAACACUUCUCUUUGAGGCAUUUGAUUAUUUUAAAUGAUGUGGAAAAUGUACUGAGAUAACAAUUUCUAAACUCAGCGACAUUUGAAAAAGAAUAUAGACACUUUAUUGAUUUCCAGGGGAUUGAUUUUCACUCUUCUCUUUAAACCCUGGAGUGAAGUUUCAGAUGCUCGGAGCAGCAGUCCUCAGCAUCUUGCUCAAGAACAUUUCACCGGGGAGGAUUUUUUGGGGACAUUCAAGCUGUGAACUACAUUGUGAGAUUCAUAAAAUGCAAAAUUAAAAAAACACAGUGUCACAGUAUUUAAAAAUGAAGUGGGGAAAAGUAUAGAUUUUGGAUGCAAUGUUUUUAGGUGUAGCGGACACUUGUUGGCUGUAGCGGUGUGUAUUUUGGGAUGAUUUCUUCAGGUUUAGAUGUUAACAAGAUCGAGUUUUUGUUAGUUUCCCUUUUUAUCUAUUUUCACCUCUGAGACUCAAUCACUGACAGACAAUCACUUUAAAUAGAAAAUCACAUGCAGAGGUUUACAGAAAGAAAUCUCACGGUGCUUGACUUUUGAUCCAGCAUUACCUGUUAUUAAUUUUAGCCGACUGGCUCUUAUAAGGAAGAGUUAAAAUGGGCUUAAACAAGGCAAAUAUUGAUAAUUGAUGAAAAAGGAUUUUGAACCCUCCACCACAGAUUUGUCAGUGAAGUACCUUGCUGUGAAUCAGUUUCACCUGCCUGUCUGCUGAGCAUUAGUGACCUCAGUUUAUUAUGUUGCAAACAGAUAAUUUAUUUUGUUACAUCUCAAUAAAUGUUAUUUUAUUGCUUAAA